CUCCCCUCAUCUCCUCCUCUUCCUCCUCUCAUUCCCCACCUCUCCUUCCCACCACUUUUCUAGGGUUUUCCUUCUCUCUCUCUCUCUCUCUUUCUCUCUCUUCUUUCUCUCUCUUGUCAAGAUGAUGCAACCAUCUGCAACCGGCAUGGUCCCUCCCCCGCUCGAUCAGCAGCAGCAGCAGCAGCAGCAGCAGCAGUACCAAUACCAGCAGCAGCCGCCGCAGCAACCGCCGCAGCAGCCGUCGCAGCAGCCGCCGCCGCCGCAGCCCUACAUGAUGAUGCCCCCCGCCGGCCACCCUUCCCAGGCCCCGCCGCCGCCGCAGAUGUGGGCCGCCCACCAGCCCCUCCCCGCGAUGCCCCAGCAGGCCGCUCCCGGCGGCGGCGGCGGCGGCGGCGGCGACGAGGUGCGCACCCUCUGGAUCGGGGACCUGCAGUACUGGAUGGACGAGGCCUAUCUCGGCACCUGCUUCGCCGCCACCGGAGAGGUGGCCAACGUAAAGGUUAUCAGGAACAAGCAGACAAUGCAACCAGAAGGUUAUGGUUUCAUUGAGUUUUACACUCGGGCAGCAGCCGAAAGAGUACUGCAGACGUACAAUGGUGCAAUCAUGCCCAAUGGUGGACAGAGCUUUAGACUGAACUGGGCUAGUGCUGGUGAAAAGCGUGCGGACGAUACCCCUGACUAUACAAUUUUUGUGGGGGACUUGGCUUCAGAUGUUACGGACUACAUGUUGCAAGAGAUGUUCAGAGGACGCUAUCCUUCUGUUAGGAGUGCAAAAGUAGUAAUGGACAGGCUUACGAGCCGUACAAAGGGUUAUGGGUUUGUUAAGUUUGGAGAUGAAAGUGAGCAGAUACGUGCUAUGAGUGAGAUGAAUGGAGUCUUCCUUUCAACAAGACCGAUGAGAAUUGGACUUGCCACAAAUAAGAAGAUCGCUACUGGGCAACAGUAUCAAAAAGCAUCUUACCAGAACACUCAAGUUACUCCAAAUGAGACUGAUCCCAAUAAUAAAACUGUAUUUGUUGGUGGUCUAGAUCCCAAUGUGACUGAUGACCACUUGAGACAAGUUUUUGGACAAUACGGCGAAAUUGUCCAGGUGAAGAUACCACCUGGAAAGCGGUGUGGAUUUGUUCAGUUUGCUGAUAGGAGCUGCGCGGAAGAAGCUUUGCGAAUGUUGAAUGGAACCCAGCUGGGAGGACAGAACAUUAGGCUUUCAUGGGGCCGGAGUCCUGCAAACAAACAGCCACAGUCAGAUCCUAGCCAGUAUGGAGGGUAUUACGGAUACGCUGCUGGUUAUGAAAACUAUGGAUAUGGUGCGGCUUCGCAAGAGGCUAACAUGUACUAUGGCGGUUAUGCUGGAUAUGCAAAUUAUCAGCAGCCCCAGCAGCAACAGCAGCAACAACAACAAUUAGGUUACAGUUGAGAAUUUGGCGAAUCUCAGGGCAUUCUGUCAUUGUGCUUAGCCUGUAAUUGGAAGCUGCACUCCUCCCUACCUUCUCUCUUUCUUGCCUAUUGCGAGCCUUUUUUAGUUUGUUGUCUUAGAAUUUUCACACCGACAUAAAACCUUUGAAUCUUUUGUCCGGAUAUCUCAUCUGUUGUACUGCUCUCUUUUUGUGUUCUUGAUGCCUUUUUUCCCUCUCGGGUAUUUUUAUAAUAUCUUGUGUUAGAUAUGACCAGAUUGAAUAGAGUGGCAUGUUACACCUGUUGAGAGUAUGAAUCUCCUCAAUGAAUUUGUGCAUGGCAUGUUGUCCAUGAAGUGAAGUUCCUAA